AUUAAACACCGUGUUUAUUUAUUUUCAUCAGAUAUUGAUCAGCUGUGUUGUAAGGAGUUAAAAUUGGAGUCGAAUAAAACAUAAUAUGAGUUCGUUGAAGCUCCAAAAGAGGCUAGCAGCCUCUGUAAUGAGAUGCGGUAAGAAGAAGGUUUGGUUGGAUCCGAACGAAAUUAAUGAAAUCACCAACACAAAUUCUAGACAGAACAUAAGAAAGCUUAUCAAAGAUGGUUUCAUUAUAAAAAAACCCGUAGCUGUUCAUUCUAGAGCCAGAGUACGUAAAAAUGAUGAAGCACGUUCGAAAGGACGUCAUUGUGGUUUUGGUAAACGUAAGGGUACCGCAAAUGCUAGAAUGCCAACAAAGGAAUUAUGGAUUCAAAGAAUGAGAGUGUUGAGAAGAUUUUUAAAGAAAAAGAGGGAUAUAAAGAAGAUUGACAGGCACCUCUAUCAUACCUUAUACAUGAAAGUUAAAGGUAAUGUUUUCAAGAACAAGAGAGUGCUGAAUGACUUCAUCAAGAAGAAACAUUCUGAAAACAAACGUUCAAAGCAGUUGACGGAUCAAGCUGAUGCUAGAAGGUUGAAGGUGAAGGAAGCAAGAAAACGACGUGAAGAAAGAAUUAAAAUUAAGAAGGCAGAAGCUAUUCAAAAUUAUGCUAAAGAAGAUGAGUCCACUGCUGCAUUGAAGAAAUAAUAUGACUUCCAAUAAAUUUUUGGAAAUUAAUAAUUUCUUCAUUUCAGUCUUUCUUCAUUCCAGAAAUUCAGAACAUGUAAUUUUUACUAUCUUGAAAUAACUUUUGGAUUUGCCACGGAGUGGUAAUUUGAGUUUUGGAAGUAGAAGAAAAUUGGCUGGUACGAUAUCUGGGGAAGAGGUUGUUUAAGAUUUUGUUCCAAAAUUCGUAAUGUAAUUUUUCCAUUGUAAUGAAAUUCCAAUUGCAAAUUUUAUAAAAAUUGCAAAAUAUUAAUGAAUUGACACAAUCUAAACGAGAGGUAACUGAAACUCCCCAUCAGUACAGAGGAUACUUUUGUCAACUUAGUGUCUAAAAGAAUAUUGACGAUUCUUUUAGGCAGACUUUUUGAAUGAUGUUACAAGUCACCCCCAGCAGCCAAUUGGACCAUAGGGUGUUGACACUGUAUUGUACUUUCAGAAUGUAAUUUUUUUAUAGUUCAUUAAGGAUUUAUUGACAUCGAAGGAGGCCUUGAAAAUUCAAUCACCGCUUUAUUUCUGGUUACAAAAUGUCACUAAAAAUUGCUGUGGUUUUAUCAUUGAAAAAAAUAUAAAGUGAAUAAUACAGAUGUCAAGUAUUAUUACAAGUCUCUUGUCAUGAAAGAAUGGCAACAUGGGAACAGAGUAUUGCAAAAUUGAGAGAAAAAAAAACAUCAGUACUAAAAAACAGACAUAUACAAAUUCAUGCCGUCGAAAAAACGUAGCACUCAAUAUAUAUCCACAUUGCAAUGAAAUACUGUUGAACAUUUUCUCAAUUUCAAGAAAUUCGUAAUGAAUUGAGCACCAGCAAUAACUUGGAAUACUUACUGAAAUAUGAGGCUAAAUCUAAAAGGAAAUUACUAGAAUUUCUUGAUCUAA